AUGGGCAAUUGUAGCUUCCGUGCAGAUGCUCUAGAUCAAAUAGAAAACACUACCAUGAGCAAAAACAACUUUACAUUCCAUUAUGUGAUCGGCCGUGGUGGAUUUGGAAAGGUCUGGAGAGUUGAGAAAAAAAAGACUGGACAGCUUUACGCGAUGAAAGAGAUGUCCAAAGCAAGGAUCAUUACUAAAAGAUCUGUAAACUCUGUGAUGAAUGAAAGAAAACUUCUGGCAUAACUCAAGCAUCCGUUCUUGAUUAACAUGAACUACGCUUUUUAAGAUAGAGAAGAUCUCUAUCUGAUUUGUGAUUUAUUAACUGGUGGAGAUUUAAGAUUUCACAUUGGCAAGAAAAAAAGAUUUAAUGAAGAAUAAACGAAAUUCAUGAUAGCUUGCAUGAUUGUCGGAUUAGAAUAUAUGCAUAAUAAUGGAGUUAUACAUCGUGAUAUUAAGCCUGAAAAUGUGGUUAUGGAAAGCAAUGGUUAUGUGAGAAUUACUGACCUAGGAAUCGCAAGAAUAUGGACUCCUGAGAAUUCCUAAGACACCUCCGGCACACCCGGCUAUAUGGCUCCUGAGGUUAUGUGCAGAUAAAAUCACUGCUGUGCUGUAGAUUAUUUUGCUUUAGGUGUAAUUGGCUUUGAAUUUAUGCUUGGAAAGACGCUAUCUUUGCAAAACAAGUCUAAAUUAAGAAACAUGAAAUACCUGAUGGCUGGAGCAUUGAAGCAGCUGAUUUCAUUAAUAAGGUAAAUUAAUCACUUAUCAAUUAUAAAGUGCUUGCAAAGAAAGCCGGCCAAUAGAUUAGGACUUAACGGUCCAAAUGAAGUAAAGUAGCAUGUUUGGAUGAAAGAUUACAACUGGUAGGCCCUUCUUGAUAAGAAACUGCCGGCACCAUACGUGCCAGAACAAGGUGAUGAUAACUUCGAUGCUAAGUAGGCUAAUGGAAACGAUCCUUGGAAGGAGGAGAAUGCUGAGUUACUCAGAUAGAAUUCUCUCUUACUAAGACGAAAUUCAAUUCAAAAUCUAUUUAGUGGAUAUUACUAUGACGUCGAUCUAUUAAGACAGCAAAAAGAAGAGGAAAGAAGAUAAAACUUGGCAAAUGCUGGUGGGAAUCAGGCUGCAAAUGGACCUAAAUCCUCCGGACUAUCUUUACUACCAGAAAAAGCACUGAAACCUAUAAAAAACAAUUCUAAGGCCGCAUCAACUGCCUCUAGUUCAUUUGUGAAUACUCCCACAGCUAAAAUAUAAUGA